AUGGAAGGCGUCUCUUACCCAAAGUUCCUCUUGGUUGCGGCCAUUGUGCCAGGCGUCGUGGCAGGCCUAGAGCUGUCCAUCAACGCCAACACCGCGGACUAUGAGCUGGCGACCGAGGUGGGCCUGAGCCAGUCCCUCUGGUGCGCCGUGAAGCAUCCCAGCCAGGCAGAGGAACUGCUGUGGAUGCGAGGGGACAGGGAGGUCAGCCUGCAGGAGGGGAACCGGGUGAAUGCCAGCAACGUCUGCAUCUCCCCUGUCACAGACGAGGACAACGGCGUUUCCUUCACCUGCCACUUGGCCCGGGACAAAUCCGUCCAGAUCUCUGUGCUGCUGAACGUCACCUAUGCCCCCAUCCUAACUGGGGAAGACCCCCCCGGCAUCCCCGCCGAGUGGGAUGUGACCCUCGAUUGCCGUGUCAAAGCCAACCCUCCCGCUCAGCUCGCCUGGCUGAAGGACAACGAAACGCUGCGCCUGGAGGACUCCCGCUACUGGAUUUCCCAAACCAACGAGCUGUUUCAGCUGACCAUUAAGCGGCUCCAAGCCUCGGACGGUGGGAUGUACGCCUGCGCGGCUCGCUCUCCGCGUGGAAUGAGCCGUAAGGAUUUCCACCUGGUCAUCGAAGAGAGCAAGCUGCGUUUUCCCACCGAAGCGGUCAUCGCUGCCGGCGUGGUCCUGUCACUCAUAGCGCUCUUUGCUCUGGCAGUUCGAUGGCAGAAGUUCAUACAGUGUUUCAAGAAAACCGAUGCUUCAAGCCACACCGCCCUGUAA